AUGGCGUCUCCACGCUCGUCGGGUACAGCCGGCCGAGAUUCACCAAAUCCAAGUUUUAAUGAACCUUUUCAAUUUGAUGAACAGAAAUUGUUGUCUAAUGCUGCUAACCCUGAGAAACAAGAAUUAUAUGUUUUUAAUUGGUUAGCAAAUUUAGAAAGAGAGUUAAAAAGAGCUGACAAGGAAGCAGUGAAAACAGUUCAAACCAACCUUGAAAAGCAAUUAUUGAAAUUUAUGUCAUUUACCUCACCAAAGCCAAGUAGACCAGUUCGGCAGCUUAUUUCAAGAUGUUUUGUAAUUAUUUAUAUAAAGGGUGAUUCAAGAACUUUGUUUGAUACCAUCACUACUUUACAAAGCUUUGUCAAUGCAGGGAAAGGUGCUAGUGAAAAAGAAAAGAAAUUAGCAGCCUUACAUUGCAUUGGUGUUAUUAUGAAAUCAAUAGGAGAUCGCAUUUUGUCGUUGCUUCCCGAAACAAUCAAUAUUUGCCUCAAGACUACCAAGAAUACAGCCAAUGUUAGUAUUAAGGAACCACUAAUUAUUCGUCUGGAAGCAAUUAAUACAAUCACCAGAGCACUCGAAGGAGCAGCUAAAGGAGCAACGGAAUUACUUGUAAAGGACAUUAUGAAACAAUUAAAGGCCGGAUUAAAUGACAAGGCCUUGAUAAUCAAAGACGCAACUAUCAAGUGCAUGCAUUCUGUAGCUAAAUAUACACAUCAACUUUAUCCAAUUACGGCUAAUGAAUUAGAUCAAUUGCUGUCUCAGAUGGUCAGAGUACUUGAUGGUUCUAAUCAAACUAUCCGCCGCUCUGUAGCUGCAUAUAUAUCGACUUUGCUUGCAGGGACACAAGGCGAGGUAGACUUUUUAGCAUCUUCAACUCCGACUAAAAAUAAAACAUCCACGACAUCACAUCCUAGUACGCAUUCUUCGCAAACACCGGGAAGUCCCACACUCAGCUCUUCACCAGAUCCUGUUAAGGUUGUGUUAUCUGUUGAAGAGAUGUUAUCACAUUUGUCCACAAUUUAUAAUAAACAAUCUACUGCACGAGAGGUGCGUUCUGCAAUUGUUGAAGCUUAUUCUGCUCUCUUUAUUAAAUUGGGAACUAAUUAUGUGGAAUUAAAUUAUGCGGAGAUUGCUCAACAUUUAUUGAAAGAGCUUGUGUCCCAUCCCAAGAAUUUAAACUCUCGAUAUGAUACGCUCAAUGUGCGUGAGCAUUGUGGAUUGCUGUUACGUGAUGUUAUUGGUACAAGACUAUUAAGUGAACAAGGUCAAGUAACAGCUGUUCGAGAGUUAGUACAAAAUUGGGUCAAACAAUGGCCAGCAUUGACACACAAUCAAGUAGAACCAACGAAAUUGUCUCUUGUAUGUGCUGUUAAUGAGAUAUCUGGAUUAUUACUAGACUUAGGGGGAGCUGCUAGCACUGUUUCGGAUGUACUUGUAGAUCCAUUGAUUAAUCUUUUAAGCCACCCAAGUUACUCUGUACAAAUUGCAGCUGCAUGGUGUCUGCGAUGUCUUUGUUAUUCCUUGCCAGUCAAACUAUCAGAACUUAUUACAAAAGUUCUUUCUUUUGUCAACAAAGACUUAAACAACUUAACAACACCCACUAUUUCAUCGGAUUUACCGAAGCGAGCGUUGGGUCAUGCUUAUGGACUAGCAGCACUUUUAAGUGUAGUGCCUGCUCGACCACUUUAUGUUUCGUUUGAAUUAAGCGCGCGUGUGUUCUCUAUUUCAACGCAACUUAUCAAAUCGAGCACUAACAAGGAUGUUGCAAUUGCUAGUAUUCAUUUGCAAGUUGCAUGGAUUCUUAUAGGCUCCCUAAUGUGCCUAGGGCCUAAUUUUGUUAAAUUACAUCUUCCACAAUUACUUUUAUUGUGGAAAACAGCCUUACCCAAACCAAUUUCUAAAGAUUUCGUAUCUAAUCGUACAGAAUCUGAGGUGGCGUUCAUGUUACAUGUACGAGAAUGCGUAUUAGGAGCUAUGCUUAGCUGUGUAUUACACAACUCUAAAUUGAUAACUCCUGAUGUAGCUAAACGACUGGUUGCUCUGUUGAGCAAUACUCUAGCUUUUUCAACUUUAGUUGGUACUACAUUUCAUAACGUAAAUACACAAAGCAAUUCUACUACAUCAGUUGCUCAACAACUCCCUUCAACUUCAUUAAAAUUUUCUGAUCGUGAAAUUAUAUUAAAACGGAGGAUACUCCAAUGUUUUGUUGCAAUUAGGCCAACAUCCUCCUACGAUAAUCUUAGUUCACAACUCCUGAAAAUGUGUUUAUCAAAUUUUGCGGAUCCGGAAAAAAACAUUGGUUCCGCCAUCACAGCUGCUAUUGCUGCAGUAUCAGGAUCUUUCACCAGUGUCUGGACUACUGGUGAUGAAUACGCCUAUGGUGUUAGUAGUAAGUUACAGGGAAUGACUGUUGACAUUGCAAAUGCGAUUGAUGGUGAUCAGGGUAAAAAUAGCCGUGGUGUUGCAAUAAAAGAUUGGCUUAAUCGAGAUUUGAUUGAAAGCCGUCUAGAAAAUCAGCUUGAACAACCAAUAAUUGGAGCUCCAGAAUAUGAUUCUAUAAUGAUUUACACCACGUACUGGAUAUCGCCUGCGAAUUCAGUCACAUAUCAAAUACCAAAGCCUGUUCCGGCUGUGUCAGCGUUAGUGGAUUAUAGUAUUGAGCUUUUUGCAUUGAUUUUUCCAUUACAAAGCGCACUUGUGCAAGAAUCAUAUUUGGAACAAUUGAUCAAAGCGGUGAGGCAUCCAAAAUUGGAAAAAAGUCCAGGAAGAAAGAUGGCCCUUCAAGUAAAUAUGGUUAUAUGUUUGUUGACCAUAUUCAAAAAUAUCAUGCAUGUUUCUGGAAAGAAAGGUGAAUCUUCAGUGCCCAGUAUUGCCGAUAAAAAAGUUGGGGCUUUAGCUAUGGAGUUAUUACAAGAAGCGAUCGUUCAUCCAGAUGCAUAUUUGCGUCAUGCUGCUAGCGAUGCAUUAGGACGUCUGUUGAGUGUUGUGGGUGGCAAUAUGGUUCCAACACAAAUGCAGCUUCUCGUUGACCAAGUGGUCAACAACCGUGAUCCCGACACGCGUGCUGGAAGUGCAUUGGCUCUUGGUAGUAUUUAUAGCCAUGUUGGUGGUAUGGCUGCAGGAGGUCAUCUUAAAACUUUGAUCGGAAUUUUACUAUCGCUUAGCAGCGAUCCACAUCCCAUUGUACAUUUUUGGGCACUUCAUGCUUUAGCAAAGAUUAUUGACUCUGCUGGUCCAAUGUUUUCACAAUAUGUGAGUAGUACUUUAGGCAUUAUUGCUAAACUUUAUAUGGCCGAUACUCACGAACCAUGCGGUGGCACAGUUGGUACUACGAAUGUCGGGUUAGGCUUAUCCGCAUACCAGCAAUUUGGUAAAAUUAUAUAUGGGCUCAUUGGUACAUUGGGACCAGAAUUACAAACAAAUUCGAAAGUUAGAAAUCUCUGCUUAAAUUUGGUGAUUGAACUUCGAAAUGAUGACGAUCAAUUUGUUGUUGUUGAAUCAAUACGUUGUCUCCAACAUUUCAUUAUGCUUGCACAACAAUACGUGGAUUUGCCGAGAUUAGUUGCAUUCUUGCAAUUUCAAUUUUCAAGCAUGCAUUUUCCUUUGAAAGAAGUUGCUAUUACAUGUCUCUAUCAAUUAGUCCAACGUAAUGCUAAGCAUGUGUUUGAGAUUGCCGCUCCUGGAUUGGAUAAUCAACUGUUUUCGCUGUUAGACACAGACCCUAAAAUUGAUGGGGUGAAAGAUAUUGUUAAAAGCUGGUUAAGUCAGACGGCUCUUGAAAGCCCUUCAUCAUGGGUCGAAUUAUGUCGUAAGGUCAUGUCAAAAACUGGAUCUGUGGCAAGCGCAGGUGCACCUAUUGAACCACCAACAUUAGAUAUUACUGGAGGUGACGAAGAUGAAGGAUUUGGUAUUGAACAAUCUUCCGGUGUUAAUGUUACUGCGCAAAGACGUCGGAGUCUUGAGAAAAAAACCCACCUCUCAUCUGAUACCGUACAAAUCCCACCCAGGUGGCGAACGCAACUUUUUGCGCUUCAAUGCCUUCACCAAGUUGUUCAAAUUAUCCAUGCUAGUGGGGAUAAAGAUCAAUUUGAUCUGUCAAUUGCUAAAAAGGGCAAACAAGCUGGUAAAGAUUAUCUAGUUCUAAAAGUGGCUGAACUUAUUAAAAUGGCUUUUACGGCUUCAACAGCUGUAGUGGGUGAAAUGAGAUUAGAGGGUUUAACAUUGUUAAGAGAUGUGAUUGAGAAAUUUUCUGCAACUCCUGAUCCAGAUUUUGAGGAAGCGGCUCUUUUGGAACAGUAUCAAGUCUGUGCGGCUCUUACGCCUGCUUUCACAGCUGAUUCAUCUCCAGAAAUUCUUUCAGCAGCUGUCAAAGUAUGUGCUGUAUUUGUUGGAAGUGGUAUUGUGAAAGAGUUACAUCGAAUGGGACGCAUAUUGAAACUAUUAACCACUGCUUUAGAAAAUUGUAAAGAUAACUCAAGUGUGACCAAAGUUGGUGAUUUUAAAGAUUUAAGUCCCCAUGCUGCAAUAAUGGUUAAGCUUUCAGUAUUGAAUGCUUGGGCAGAACUUCAAGUCGCCAGCACUAAACAAACCUAUCUGGUUCAAGUUGUUCAACCAAAUUUACCGUUGCUUUGUCCUUUAUGGAUUUUAACAUUGAAAGAAUAUGCCAGAGUGCAGGUCGACCCUGAUAUUACUGAUGCCCAAGCUAAUGUUAUUGGUACUGGGUCAAUGCAGAAUACCUCUCAAACUGAAGUUUUUGAUUCAAUGUAUAGUGGGUUAACUAGGGAAGUUAUUCUUACGUAUUACAACAUGUCAUGGCUAACUAUUUUGGGGGCCAUCGCAAGUUUGGUUCAAAAGGAAAACCCGUAUAUUAUUCUUGCGCUUAACGGAGAAGAAAUUACAAUAGAUGACAAUACAAAUGAUAUCAGCAAAUAUGGUGACGAUGAAUUUGAUGAUUUUGGUGACGACAAUAACGAGUUUUCUGACGAUUUUAGUGCAUUUUCUCACGAGAAAGAACCAGAAUUGAAAAAAGAUCCUGCAAAAUACUUUUUUAUACUCUUCGGACUUUGUGUUGAAGCAUUAUCAAAUACAUUUGGUGGAAGUAGUAGAAGCAGUGGUGUAGGAAAUAAUGUUGGAAAUAAUGUUGAAACCCAAAAAAUUGUUCGUACUUGCAUUGAUGCGCUUAAAGCUUUUUUACGACCAGUAGUUGCAGGAAACACAUUUCUUGAUGAAUAUAUUUUUAUUGAGUUAAUUAAUUUGUUUGAUCGACUGAUACUUACUGAAGGAUUUAAAGUACAAUAUGACAUCAUACAAAUUAUUGGAAAUAUUAUUAAAGAUUUCGGAGCAGCGUAUAUCUGUAAAGAUGUACCAAAAAAUAGCAUGAAGAUAAAUGGACAUAGCGAAGACGAGGCGACCAUUGAAUUCACCGAAACUGAAACAAUCCUUUUUCAUAUAUUACGGUUAUUGGUCAAUAUAUUUUUUCAAAAAAUUCCAUCACUUUCAAACCGUCCAGAGGUUGUGAGAGUAUUUAGGCUACCUCAAGGAAAUGCGAGAGGUCAAACAUCACAAGAGACUAUUGUUCUCCUAAAAUUUACGAUAGAUGCCUUUACGUCGCUCAUAACGAUAGUUCCAUCAAAAUACAAGAUUGAUUUAUCUGCUAUUGCAUUUUAUGUUUAUAUAUCUAUCAUUCAAGACCCCAAAUUUCAAAGUGAGCUAGUGCCUCAUGUGCUUAUCAACAUAAAACUUUUAUGUGAAAAUAUUUCUGCUCAUCUUGAAGAAGAAGAAUUCUACACAUUUAGUCGUGUAGUUCACUCGACAAUUUCUUCUACACUGUUGCAAAUUAACUCACUCACUAAAAGUCAAGAUGCAUUAAAAGACGAUGAAGUAUCCGUAGUUAAAAACAGUUUAUUGACUUCAACAAUACUUUUUACUUCCUGUCCAAAACAAUGCACCGAAAAUACCGCAAUACAAACUGAAUUUAUGGAAAUAUUAAAGAAUGGAUUCUAUUCCGAUAUUGAUUCGAUUGCAAUAACAUCCUUCCAAUGUACACGUACUUUGAUAUUACUUUCUGCCAAGAAAGAAACUAAUAUUGUUGCUACAACAUCGAGUCAAAUGAGGCAUGUUUUCAUAAAAACACUUAUUCCAGAAGUAGCUGCUUUUUUGCAAAAAAUCAAAGAUACUUAUGGAGCUGAAUGUACAUCUCAAGAAAGUUCUUAUAAAUUAGAUGCUGUUGAAGAAUCAAUAAAAACUUUACUGAUCACAAAUACAAUAUCACAAGAUUCACACAAAACUGCUCUAAUGGCAGUCACACUACCUACAUUGAUUCAGUUGUUGGCCGAUCCACCGCUAGAGAAAUAUAUGUCUUCUUCGGAAGAAACUAAUUAUUUACACACACUUCCACCACUGCACACAUUGUCUGUUACGCAUAUUUUAUCACUUGCAGGAUCACAACCUCAAAAUUUUAGAGAUGCUGUAGCAGUACUAUUACCCGGACCUAAGGCUAAAUUGGAAGCAGCGAUUCGAUUUAAUGUUUUCCAGCAACAGCAACAACAAAAAAGGUUACAAGAGGAAAGGGACAGGAGAUAUAACGAAAGAAUUGAAUUGAACAAAGGACCUAGCAUAUCUUUGAAAAGUGAUUUUUCUGGAUUUGCUUAA